AUGGCGAAAUACAUGCCAUUCCUUGCAGGGAAAUCUGUGGGGUCUCCAACCUGCUGGGUCUCCUACCAUUUCCAGUCGGUGCUCACCCAGAAACCUUUCACGGUUCUACAGUCCGGAAAAUAUGACAAGUCCCAAAGGUCUUUGGUAAAGGCGUGGUUCUUGAUUGUUCGUAUUGAGAGGUGCUGUGGACCUCAGUCCACAACAUGGCUUUCUUCUGUCUCCGAGCUCACCUGCAUCUACUCUGCCCUCAUCCGGCACAAUGACGAGGUGACAGUCACGGCUCUGGCCAAUAUCAACAUUGGGAGCCUCAUCUGCAACGGAGAGGCUGGUGCACCCACUCCAGCAGCUGAAGCUGCGCCUGCUAAUGGUCCUCCUCCGUCCACUGCUGCUGCCGCAGCCGAGGAGAAGAAAGUGGAAGCAAAGAAGGAAGAAUCCGAGGAGUUAGAAGAUGACAUGGGCUUUGGAUUUUUUGACUAA